CGUAUCAACAGCGGCCGCAACAAGAAGGGCCGCGGCCACACCAAGCCCAUCCGCUGCAGCAACUGCUCGCGAUGCACCCCCAAGGAUAAGGCGAUCAAGCGCUUCACCAUCCGCAACAUGGUUGAGUCCGCUGCCAUCCGUGAUAUCUCUGAUGCCUCUGUCUUCGCCGAGUACACCGUCCCCAAGAUGUACCUGAAGCUGCAGUACUGCGUCUCUUGUGCCAUUCACGGCAAGAUUGUCCGUGUCCGUUCCCGCGAGGGUCGCCGUAACCGUGCUCCCCCUCCUCGUGUCCGCUACAACAAGGACGGCAAGAAGAUCACCCCCACCGUUGCCCCCAAGGUCUAA